AUGGCAAGACCCCAAGAUACGGCUUUGGCCCGAUUCUAUGGCCCCCCUAAGGUGCACAAAGACGGCGCUCCUCUCCGACCCAUCGUGUCGCUCAAAGGUACUCCAACGUACGGACUGGCUAAGUGGCUGUUUCGGCGUCUCAAGUUCCUGACUGCUGGGUCAGACACCACGGUCUCUUCGUCAGCACAAUUCCUGGAGAAACUCAAAGGGGUAAGCCUCCAUCCAAAUGAGGCCAUGGUAUCUUUUGAUUUUACAUCCCUUUUUACUUCUAUUCCCCAGGACCUGAUGAUCGAGACAAUCGAGCUGCUUCUACAAAGCAAAUACGAUGAAACGGAGAAUCGUAUUGGACGCGUCCAAGUCCUUCAGCUCCUGAUGUUCUGUCUCAGGACGUACUUCACGUUCGACGGGACAAUCUACGAACAGGUGAAGGACACACCAAUGGGUUCGCCGAUUCCGGGAUUCAUCGCCGAGGCGGUCCUGCAGCGGUUAGAGUCGCUGGUUUUCCAACACCACAAACCGAAGUUCUGGGCCCGGUAUGUGGAUGAUACCUUCGUCGUUAUCGACGGGGAUCAACUGCUGACAUUCAAGGAACGUCUGAAUGCGGUCUUCCCGGACAUACAAUUUACGAUGGAGGAGGAAGAGAACAACCAGCUGGCCUUCCUGGAUGUCCUCGUAUGCCGCAAGGAUUGUGGUGGACUAAAGACCAAAGUGUUCAGGAAAGCGACAAAUACGAUGCAAGUACUGAACUUCAACAGCAACCACCCAAUCAGCUACAAACGCAGCUGUGCAUGGACGCUCUAUCGACGUGUCGAAACGCACUGCAGUGAGCCGGAAGACAAGAUUGCCGAACUACAAUACCACCGACGGGUCUUCAAAACUAAUGGCUACCCGCGCAACUUCGUCAACCGGUGCAUACGCAAAAGGGACGAAAGGCCUAACCGCACGGACAUCAAAGUUUGGCGAGCGCUUCCAUAUGUCAAGAACGUUUCGGAAGCUGUUGGCCGCCUUCUCGCACCACUUGAGGUUGGGGGUUGGAGUUGCACACUGACCGGAGGCAACCAUCAGACGGCCGUUAAUGAAACCGAAAUACCCACUGCCACGGCAAGAAACGUCUGGAGUCGUUUAUCGGAUCGGGUGCAGUUGCGGACAAAGCAACUUCGUCGGAGAAACCGGAAGACAAAUCCAAACGCGAAUGGCCGAGCACGCUGCAGCGGUGCGGAGAAAUGA